UCAAGACAGCUUCUCUCAUCUCUGUAUCCCAGUGACCUACCCGAUUCCAAGCCUGAGGCACCAUAGCUUAGCAUCCUACUUAUUUCCCUUCAUAACCAGCUCGACCAUCUCUCAGAACCAAAGAUGAAGAUCGGGAAGGCUCCUGAGCUCUUGAAGAAGGCGGCAGCAAUGUGCAAGAGCAAGACCGCAAGGCUCCUCAUCCUUGCCUCGCUCCAGCGCCGUGGGAUGGCUAGAACAGCCGUGGUCUCUCGCAAGAUCGACGCGCUUAUUGUGGCCGACUGGGAGAGAGUGGACCGCCACAAGGCUCUCGCGCUGCGCACAAUGGAGAAGAGACCAAUCAUCGUCCAUGAGAGUGACUUUGAGGCCAAUUUCUCUCAUCACUUGGCGGUGUUCAACCAAGAGAAUGGUCAUGGUGGCUGCCCAGCUGAGUGGACACUGCAUCCCCUCUUCAACAACGACCACGACAACUGCCGUUACACUAAGGAUGAUGAUGUGCUAAUUGAUUCAUGUGAUCAAGACAACGAUGAUGAGCCAUCUGUCGUGGAUGUGAUCAGGAGCAACCAAGAAGCUGAGGGGUUGGAGUUCGACAUGGAGGAGGAUAUUGACCAGGCUGCUGAUAUGUUCAUUAGGAGGUUUCGGCAGCGUCUGAACGAGGGAUUUUAGGGUCUUGUUUGUACAUGCAUGUACCUUGGCUUAGGGUGUUGUCUUCUUUUUAGGUGCCCAAAAAUUAGAAAAUUUUGUAGAAAUCAAUAUGAGUGGGAGUUGAGGCUUGACAAACAGUUAUCCUUAUCAUCAUUUGUUUUUGAAAUCUUUUGUUAACAUCCAAGAUCCCUCAGCCGUACCCACCUCUAUAGGAAAAACCAUCUACACCGAGUACUUGGCGGGUCGCGGUGUAAAUCCACAGGCACUUGGCAUACAU